AUGCUGCUUCUCCAGCCCACGGGUACCGAGGACCACAAUGGCUCUCCCUACAUGAGUAUGGUAGAAAAUAUAUCUGCCGGCAGCUUCCGGCUGGACCGCGCUGGUAGCCGCCGCCGCCGCUGCCGCUGCCACCAUCAUGCCAGCCCCACAGGUCUUGGUGAGGUGGGUGACUCUCCAGGAUGGGAGAAGCCAAUUUGGGAGCAGAUUGGAUCCAGCUUUAUUCAGCAUUACUACCAGUUAUUAGAUAACGACAGAACUCAACUAGCCGCAAUUUACAUUGAUGCAUCCUGCCUUACGUGGGACGGACAGCAGUGCCAGUGGAAAGCUGCCAUUGUGGAGAAGUUGUCCAGCCUUCCGUUCCAGAAAAUCCAGCAUAGUAUCACGGCACAGGACCGCCAGCCUACACCAGAGAGCUGUAUCAUCAGCACGGUUGUAGGCCAGCUCAAGGCCGAUGAAGAUCUCAUUAUGGCUUUCCGCCAGAUGUUUCUAUUCAAGAACAUCAACGAUGCUUGGGUUUGCACCAAUGACAUGUCCAGGCUUGCCCUGCACAACUUCGGCUGACCUCCUCUUGGCCAGACACUCAUGCUGUUUCCUCCUCCCUCCUCUUCCAAUACUAACUAUCUCACUCCUCCAGAUGCUCCGAACAUCAUACACAAAUGAGCAGGGCCGAGGUAGAAGUGGUGCAGUGCGCUUCUGUCACCACUGUGUUGUGCAUGAUGUUUGGAUGCUAGACUAGUUGCAUCUGACAGGAGAAGUUUGUGUUGGACCAGCGCAUGCCUUGGAAAGACUUAAGUAAUGCAAAAGAUUGUGGGUUUUUGGUUUUGUUUUAUUUUGUUUUUUUAAUCUACUGACAAGUUGCUCUAGUAACCCAAAGAAGUGAAGGAGAAAGCCGCUGCCUCGCCGCCCAGAUAUUGAUUUGUUCAGAUGUUUCAAUGCCUCACGAUACAAUGAAACCACAAACGUUUU